GGCGGAGGACGCCGACGCGCUGCAGCCGGCGCACAUCACGCUCGAUCACGGCGUUGAUGAAGUGCGUCGUGCCGAUGGUGACGCUGGCGAUGCGCCCCGGGGACUCGGUCAAUCCGGCCGCCGCGAGGACGGUGCUGACGGCCGUCUCGAUACCGGCGCUCGCGUCCGGGGUGGUCGGGGUUUUGAAGUGCGCCAGCACGCCGCGGUUGGCGGUGUGUUGAAGGGUCAAGUCGAUGACAACUGCAUCGGUGUUCGUUCCUCCAACAUCGACCCCAAUGCGCACGGUUCUACGUGAUGGUGGCAUCUCUCCCAUGUUGACUGGUAAUGCGAUACUGCACCACACACUUGGCUAAACUUCUAGGAAUGAUUCGUCUUCUCGGCCAGUGUGUGGCAGGCCGAGUGCCAGGGUAUCAUAUAAGCUCCUUGGCCGCCAGACAGUCACCUCGCGAUAAAUCACCCAUUACGCAAGGUGUUUACAAGAGCUCUAGCUCGCCAGAUACCGUCCCACCGACUAGGCGGCUAAAGCGGUUAAAGGGAUAGAAACAACCAGCUCCACGUCUGUGGUAUCGCGUUAGCCAGAGCCCGUUUCGGUGGUCGGCAUUGGAAACUUUGGGGGAGGUAGUAGCAAGAUAAGCAG